AUGUUACGCCUCUUCGCGUUUGCCGCUGCUUUGGGCCAGGCGACUGCUACCUUCAGUCUCGAUACUGCCGGUCCUAGUUGGGACUAUACAACCAAGGACUUGGCAAAGACAACAUCACAGGCUUGCAAAGACGCCUACAGCGCCAGUAUCAACUGCGAUGAAACUCUCCUCAAGAUCGUGGCGUCUAUGGAUCCUGACUUUGACCCGCAAUCUUCGGAUUUGGAAGCUAUGUGCACCGCGACAUGCAGUAGUUCAUUGUCGCAGUACAUCAAGGAUGUUAAUGCCGCGUGCAGCAAGGAUGGCGACCUAGCCGGACUUGCCAGCGGCAAUAAUUUGAUUUACGAGGCUCCCGUUGCCACCGUGGGCGAGGUUUUCCAGUACAAAUACGGCCAAGCUUGUGCCAAAAGUGGGUCUGAUUACUGCUUCUUGACCUAUCCCGCCAGUGACGAUUGGGCCAGAGAAGACUUCCCAUGUAGCGACGAGUGUGCAAUCAAGUUCUACCAAAACGCACACAAGCAACCUGGCUCGGGAUAUUUCUUCAGCUACUUUGUUCUUGUCAACCAAUCAUCAUACUGGGAGGAAACCUUUGCCGGUGGAUGGGAGACUGUGGUUCAAUGCGGCGAUGGUGGAAGCGAUGCAAGCUCCGCUAGCACGAGCGCAAGUUCGACAAAGACCGAUGUCGUUGAUAUUUCAUCUUCAACCAGCCCAAUUAGCACCAAAAUGGCUGGUUCAACCCCCUCAACGCCGAUUGCAUCGAUGACAUCCACCGCACCGGUUCGGUCUGCCUCUGAGGCUACUUCAACCACGGCAACUAGUGGCGCUUCGAGGCUCAGAGUUCCCUUUUUUUGA